CAUCUCCAGAGCGAUCAUCAUUUUGUUGGAGAGAAGGAAGCUGAGCUUUGUUGGAGUUGCCUGUUUACCCAGGAAAACUAUUCUAUUGACAAAUACUGAUUAUGUAUUUUAAGUUCUUAAGAUGUUUUUUUCACCCAAAGCCUCUCUUAUUCUGAUCAGAGAGUUGAGGAUGAAAAGGUUAAAAGUGGAUUCUGAAAAUCAGUAAUGUCUCCAUUCCCUAAUCCGAGGCACAGACUUAAAAGGGGAUGUGUGGAACACCCAUUUGGUAAGGUUUAAAAAAGAAGGAACACAAAAAACAACUGCAAAACGGACUCCAGCUGAAAUAUGCAUGCAGUUUGGAUAUUACUCCUUUUCACCAAAGAGGGAUUUUCUCUUGCACAGAGGAUUAAAGAAGGAGGUGCAGGAUCUAAAGGAGGCAGAUUCAGUGAGCAGUCACGGAACAAUCGCCACUGUGGGACCUGGGUUCGAAAAUUAGAUGGAGGAAGCUUCAACUCUCCAAACUACCCAAAUACAUACCCUCCAAACAAGGAGUGCCUUUACGUACUGGAAGCUCUGGCCCGUCAGAGGAUUGAGCUGCUGUUUAACAAGUUCUUUCAAAUCGAAGCCUCAUUCGAGUGCCGCUUUGACCACAUUGAGGUGAGGGACGGUCCCUUCAGCUUCUCGCCGCUCAUCCAUCGUUUCUGUGGCACAGCCAGUCCCGGCCUUAUCCAAUCCAGUGGACGCUUCAUGUGGAUCCGGUUCUACAGCGAUGAAGAGCUUGAGGGGAAGGGAUUCCAGGUUCAGUAUAGGUUUACUGCAGAUCCUGAAUUUCAUCUACACGUAGGGGGACUUUUAAACCCCAUCCCAGAUUGUCAGUUUGAGCUAAAUGGGCUUGAUGGCAUGAUCCGCUCCAGCCAGGUUGAGGAGGAGAAUAAAGUGAAGCCGGACCAGGCAGUGGACUGCAUCUGGACUAUACAAGCCCCAGUGAAUAACAGAAUUUACCUGAAAUUCAUGGAAUAUCAGAUGGAAAACUCAAAUGAAUGUAAGAAGAAUUUUGUGGCUGUUUAUGAUGGCAGCAGUGCGAUCGAGGACCUCAAGGCCAAGUUUUGUAGUACAGUUGCUAAUGAUAUCAUGCUGGAGACUGGUUUUGGAGUGGUGAGGAUGUGGGCAGAUGAGACAAGCCGUCUUAGCCGCUUCAAGAUGCUGUUCACAGUCUUCUCUGAUCCUCCUUGCAUUGGCAGCACAUUCUUCUGCCACAGCAACAUGUGCAUCAACAACUCUCUGGUCUGUAAUGGCGUACAAAACUGUGUCUUUCCCUGGGAUGAGAACAACUGCCAAGAGGCAAAGAGCAAAACUGCUAUUUUCCAAAUCACCAAGACUCAGGGAACCAUCAUCUGUAUUUCUACAGGGGUAGUGAUGUUACUCCUGAUUUUCUCCAUAAUGGUGCAGGUCAAACAGCCACGUAAAAAGGUAGUGAGACGAAAGAAAAAACUGUUCCAAAACCCUCACCUCCAGAAGAUGUUUGAACCCCAGCACUACGAGCUGUUUUCUGUCAGAGAUAAGGAGAUGUCUGGAGACUUAAGGGAGCUUUCAGAGGAACUCCUGUCCCUCCAAGCUCUGAGGAGAUCUUCGUCCGGAUCUCGCUGUGUUCACGAACAUCAUUGUGGUUCCCAAGCUUCCAUCAACUCUAUCAAAGCCAGUCUUGGUUCAUAUGCGUUGGGGAAGGGAUCUUUGGAUCUACCUCCUUUUAGAAGGGACAGUCAGACUGAUGUGCCUUCUUUCAGAGAUGUGGACAGCAGUUUGAGGAAGAAAAGCUGGCCUGGUUUAAAACAGAGCCGAAUGCAGAGUCAACCUGCUAUGGGUGAUCGAGUACUGUGGCAGCAGGAUAGAGUUAUGGAAGAAGAUGAGGACGAAGAGGAGGGGGAGGGGAGGUAUGAUCUGUAUGUCAGAAAAGCAGGGAGCCGAAGGGCAAAAUAUGACAUGGCUCAACAAAGAUCUCAGUCCAUGGACUUUUAGCAUAAACAACAGAGGUUAGCAGAUUAAAAAGUCAAAGAUUUGGCAACAGUUAUGUGCUGCUGUUAAUAAAAAAAUGAAGAUAAAAACAGAUUUAUCUUAAAUGGCCAUUUUUGACUUUCCUUUUUUUAUUCAUGUUAAAACAGUGUUUUCUAAAAGGCAUAUGUAGUAUCAGGAAACUAAAGAAACAAUGGUUUUAAUAGACUGUUAAGUCACCUUAGAAGAGUCGGUGGAAGUUUUUGGUGUCAUAUAUCUUUGUUUUCAGGGAUACAUUACAAAGGGACCCAAAGGACAAAGGGCCAUUUUUGCCUGUGAAAGAUUUUUCUUUGUAUUCUAGAUUACAUGGAAAUUCAUUGUAAAGCCGGAAAAAGAAUAACUCAGUGAAACCUAGAUGGGAUUAUUCUCAGACAAUGCAAAUUCCAUGAACCAGACCUUAUUAAAACUAAGAAUUAUGUGUAAAAUGCUAUGAUUCCUCUUUUUCACACAAUCUGCUUUUUAUGUCUCUCUCUACUAUUCAAUGUGUUUAAGUUGCAAGAUAAAUCACUAGGUGAAAUACAAUUUUAAUAUAUAAAAAGUCUCUCGGUCUUUGUUUGAUCCAUUAAUGUGCUCAAAUAGGUGAGGAGAAAUCUGAUCUUGAAUUUGACCUACUUUAAGGGAUGACUGUUUUGACAUGAUUUCUUUUAACAGGUGUGUUUCACAUUUAUGUAGUUGAAAUUACCUCCAACAAAAGUAAUUGGCUUAGUGCUGUAUCAUAUACCCAUCUAGCGUGCUGACCAUUACCAAACACUGUAAACUUUGGUAAAAUAUUAACCAUUUAACUGUAGACACACCUUGAACUUAUACUGUGUGGCACAUGACAUCAUUUUGCAAUAUAUAAUAAUGAAACCAAAAGCCAGUAGUUACCUUGAAUUAGACUUUGUCUGUUUGCUCUGGUAGCUUUUAACACCCAAACUGAACACUAGCAUCUAGGACAUUUUUACUUUCUUAUUCUUUGUUAUUGGUAUGAACAUUUAAGGGUUGUUAUCACCUGGCAUUUAACUGCUAUUGUGCAGAAAAAAUUCACACAACUUCAGUGUUUGUGCAUGGCUUCUCUUUACCAGACCGGGUUUUAAACCUUUGGUCUUCGAUGCCCAAUUAUUAUAGUGAAGGCAUUUACUAAGAUUAAUCUUAUAAAGAGAAAUCUGUUUUUUUUAAAAAGCCCUUUUAUGUGUGAGGUGUUGGCUUCAGUCAGACAGUUCUUUACCAGACCUGUUUAGAAAUCAGUUUUUAUUUUCGUUCAGCUGCCCGUGAUUAUACCAGAGACGCAUUAUAUAACAGGGAACUCAGGGGAAAAUAAAAGUAUGAUAGGUGAAACUAUAAACUUUUACUGCAGGACAAUGACUCAACAAUUUGGAUCUGUGAUACUGCAUCCUUUGUUCUUGGUUCAGAGUACUUUUUUCUGUGAAUAUACUAUUCAGCAACCACUUUGGGUAUAAUAUGAAAGAAUCUGCAGUCUGUGGAAACGGUGCUGAUGUCCUUAUUGACUUCCUGAGGUGUGGUGUGAUAUCUUUGAAGAUAUUGUCAUUUAUUUAUUUAUUUGUUUGUCAAGGACAGUACACAUUGAUGAACAUUUUUGAACAUUUGCCAGUGUUAGCUA